AUGGUGGUGGUGAUUGUUAUUAUGAAAUCCACCUCGAUUACCGCCUCGACCGCCUCCCCCGCGGCUCCCCCGGCCAUUGUUGUUGUUGUUGUAGUUAUUAUUGAAACCACCUCGGCUACCGCGGCCGUGAUUGUGAUUGCGAAUAAAAUGAUCAUUGUUGUUGUUGUGAUUGAAACCUCCUCUUACCCCAUUAUGAUUGUUGAAGCCGCCUCUGCUUCCUCUCCCACCUCUACCGUCCCAAUUACCUCUGCCGUGGCUUCUGUUAAACAUGGCCGUUUGCGCAUGGCCUCCAUGGAAAAGAGUGGGGGGAGGGGAUGGCCGGCUCUGCAGCAGGUUAGGGCAGUGGUCUCGGGCUGCUGCGGGAUGCUGCGGGAGAAUGACGGGUUGCUAGCCAAAUUACCACCAAGUAGUCAGAGGCUGAAAGGCGGUAGGAUCACAAAGGAAACGCUACGCCCUAUACUUGGCGCCUACGCAUCCAGCUACUCGCGGGUGUCCGUCAGCUCGCCGGUACUGGCGAGGGCGCUAGGCCCUUGA